CGGCGGCCCCGGGCCCUCCUCCCCCUCCUCCUCCUCUCCCUCCUCUUUCUCCUCCUCCCGCUGUGGAUGGCUGCGGCCAGAAUCGGAGCUCCAACCGCGCUGCCGACUCCCUCCUCUUUCUGGCUGCUGUUAUUUGAGCUGCUGCCCUCUUCCCGCUCCCUGGGACCUCAGCUCGGACCUCAGCCGGCGCCUACAGCCCGGAGUCCCCACCUGCCUUGGAAGGCAGGCAAGGAGUCAGGCCACCGGGCCACAGCCGCGGGGGCACCACACUGGCCCAAACAUUUCCUGCAGAUGCAUACUGAAGUGGGGACAAAGUCUUCAGCUGCAAAUGACCUGGAUUGCUGUUUCACCUAUCACAUGCAUCUAAUCUGACUUCAACAAUCUACAGGAGAAGUAAAUAUUUUCCUGAGCUGUCAUCCCAUAGAAGGAGUUAUUUUGGCUGGAUGCCUUCUGAAGAGGGUGAGAAAUAGUGCUGCUGACUUCCCACCUCUGAGCCUCCUGGUGCGUCCCAACGAAACCCUGCUCUCCCUGCUCUGAGGGAAGGUGCUUCACAGCAACUUCAGCCUGAGGGCGGUGACAGUGAAACGGCCUCCAGAGAGCCAGCAGCCUGGGCUGCCCUCCGCUGUGUGUUUUUGUGCCCUCAGGAAUGUGUGGAUGCAGCAAAUGACAACAGUGUAUACUCAAGAGAAAUGAUCACACGAAACUUAUACACAAAUAUUCAGAGCAGCAUUAUUCAAAAUAGCUAAAAAGUGGAAACAAACCAAAUGUCUAUCAAUUGAUAAAUGGAUAAACAAAGUGUGAUAUUUCCAUGCAAUGAACUACUAUUCAGCCUUAAAAAGGAAGGAAGCAGUGACAUAUGCUACAACAUGGAUGGCCUUGGAAACAUGCUAGAGACAACCUAUUUGAUUUCUUGACAAGACCACAAUCUGAUCCCAAAGAUGUGCUCCACAAACCCAGGCAAUUGGGUCACCUUUGAUGAUGAUCCUGCUUUCCAAUCUUCUCAAAAGUCAAAGAAUUUUCCUCUGGAGAAUCAAGGUGUCUCUAGACCAAAUGGACUGAAGCUGAACCUUCCUGGCCUCAAGGAAUUUCCCAGUGGAUCUUCCUCCACCAGCAGCACCCCUCUCUCCUCCCCCAUUGUAGACUUUUAUUUCAGUCCAGGACCUCCAAGUAACUCUCCUCUUUCUACACCUACCAAAGACUUCCCAGGUUUUCCUGGCAUCCCCAAAGCAGGGACUCAUGUGCUUUAUCCUAUUCCAGAAUCAUCUUCAGACAGCCCACUCACAAUAUCAGGAGGAGAAUCUUCCUUACUGACUACCGGACCAACGUGUUCAUCCCAUGCCUUGUUGCCCAGUGACCACUCAUGUGCACAUCCAGCUCCCAAAGUAGGUCUUCCAGAUGAAGUUAACCCUCACCAGGCUGAAAGCCUAGGAUUCCAAAGUGAUGAUCUCCCCCAGUUUCAGUAUUUUCGAGAGGACUGUGCUUUUUCAAGUCCAUUUUGGAAAGAUGAAGGCAGUGAUUCCCAGUUCACCCUUGACCCACCAGGAAGCAAAAAGAUGUUCUCAUCAAGAGACAAAGAGAUGCCUAAUGAUCAAAAAAGCCUAAAUAAGUGUUCACUCAACUAUAUCUGUGAGAAGCUUGAGCAUCUCCAGUCAGCUGAGAACCAAGACUCACUUAGAAGUUUGUCUAUGCACUGUCUAUGUGCUGAAGAAAAUGCCUCUUCCUUUGUCCCUCAUGCACUCUUCAGGAGUCACCCAAAAGCUGGAUGGUCUUUCAUGCUGAGAAUUCCUGAGAAGAAGAAUAUGAUGUCUUCCCGGCAAUGGGGACCAAUUUUUCUGAACGUUUUGCCUGGAGGAAUUUUGCAGAUGUAUUAUGAGCAGGGAUUAGAAAAACCUUUUAAAGAGAUACAGCUUGAUCCAUAUUGUAGGCUUUCUGAACCCAAGGUUGAGAACUUCAGUGUAGCAGGAAAAAUCCAUACUGUGAAGAUUGAACAUGUGUCUUACACAGAAAAAAGGAAAUACCAUUCUAAGACAGAAGUAGUUCAUGAACCAGACAUAGAGCAGAUGCUGAAGUUGGGGUCCACAUCGUACCAUGACUUCCUUGACUUUCUGACUACUGUGGAGGAGGAGCUGAUGAAGUUGCCAGCUGUUUCAAAACCAAAAAAGAACUAUGAGGAGCAAGAAAUUUCCUUAGAAAUUGUGGACAACUUUUGGGGUAAAGUCACAAAAGAAGGGAAAUUGGUUGAAAGUGCUGUGAUAACUCAAAUUUAUUGCCUCUGCUUUGUGAAUGGGAACCUGGAAUGCUUUUUAACCUUGAAUGACCUUGAGCUGCCGAAGCGAGAUGAAUCCUAUUUUGAGAAGGACUCAGAAAAAAAAGGGAUUAAUAUUCUUGACUACCAUUUUCAUAAGUGUGUGAAAGUACAAGAAUUUGAGCAAUCAAGAAUCAUUAAGUUUGUGCCUCUGGAUGCCUGCCGGUGUGAGCUGAUGCGUUUCAAGACUUUGUAUAACGGGGAUGAUCUUCCGUUUUCCUUGAAGUCUGUAGUGGUUGUCCAGGGAGCAUAUGUGGAACUUCAGGCUUUUGUCAACAUGGCCCCAUUGGCACAGAGGUCAUCCCAUGCUGGUUCCUUAAGGUCCUGUGACAAUAUAAUGAUACACUUUCCUGUCCCAUCGCAGUGGAUCAAGGCCCUUUGGACCAUGAACCUCCAGAGGCAGAAGUCUCUGAAAGCCAAAAUGAACCGCCGGGCCUGUCUGGGGAGUUUACAUGAACUUGAAUCUGAACCUGUCAUUCAAGUCACUGUGGGGUCAGCAAAAUAUGAGAGUGCCUACCAGGCAGUGGUAUGGAAGAUAGAUCGGCUUCCAGACAAAAAUUCAAGUCUUGAUCAUCCUCAUUGUCUGUCAUACAAAUUAGAGCUUGGAUCAGACCAAGAAAUUCCCUCUGAUUGGUAUCCAUUUGCUACUGUUGAGUUUUCCGUGCCUGACACCUGUGCCUCAAAGACAGAGGUCAGGUCUCUGGGGGUGGAGAGUGAUGUCCAGCCACAGAAACAUGUUCAGCAGCGAGCUUGCUACAACAUCCAGGUUGAAAUAGAAAAGAAGUGGAUUAAAAUCGAUGGAGAAGACCCAGAUAAAAUUGGUGACUGCAUAACUCAGUAGGAGUAGCGAGAGUUUAUGAUGACAGCCCACUUGUCAAAUAUGUAAUUCACUGAAACACACCAAGUCCUGCUACUGUGGAGUGGAAAUGACUUCUGAACAGUGGUUUUAAGACAGGUCUGAUGGCUGUGUUUAGAGAAGUUUAGACCUAAAACUGAACAAUCUGUGUUUUAUGCUUUUCAUAUGUUUUUGUCCUAGGGAUUCGAUCUAAAAUGUUUCUAUAAUUUGUGUGAUGUUUUGCUUCCUAUUGAAACUCAAAGGCACAGUUACUCGUUGUGUGACCCUGCAGCCAGUUUGAUUUUUGAUUACUCACUGGCUGAUUGUUUUGCUCCCUGGAUUACUGAGGUGCCGUCUUUAUUUUUUCCCAUCUCUUCUUGCUGGUUAGUGCCUGUACUAGAGGGUGAAGGAAUCAAAGGAGACAUACACCAAAAUACAUAAUUUUCCCUCUUGCUUGCCUCUGAAAUGUGGCUAGGUAUAGAAUGAUGUUGAAACCACAGGCAAAAAUGUAGAUUUGGAAGUAUCUGUGCUUUUGAAUUACUUAUUUUCCUGUCCUCUUACCACAUUGGUAAGUAAUAAUUGGCUAUAUUUGGUACCUGUCUCUCUCCUACUGUAUUGUCAUUUUCAAAAUGUGUUUGUAUUCUAGUGUGUGCUGCAAAGAAGCUAUUUCUGAUGUCCUACAUAUUUUAGUAUAAAUCACUAAGAUGUAUUUCCUUUCACUUGGCAGGAUUCCUUUCAAAAUGGAAUCUGAGUAUUAGACACUAGUUAAAAUAUUUAUAGAUAUUAAAGAUGAAUUUUUAAAAUUUAUAAAUACUAUUUUCCAAAAGUACAGACUCUAAGGAUAUAUUUUGAUAAAGUAUUAUUUGUAAUGAACACAAGCCUCUCUUGAGUAGAAGUCUAAAUCACAUGAUGAUUAUUUUAUACUAGUUCUGCUAUCAUGCUAUUUUAUGCUAAUUCUGCUUAUUUUGGAGUAUUUUUCAUUAAGGUAAGCAAAGUGAAAGAUACUUGGUACUUUACCCAGAUUUCUAAGAGGCAACAUUUUUAUUCUUCAGAGUCAGGUAAAUGACUAUAAUGGUUUGGUUUCUAAUGAAAAGUCAAUAGCAUUAGCAACUAUAAUUCCAUUUAUAAUUUCCUUUUAGCAUUUACAGUGAAAAGUGAGAAUUUUAAAAUGUAUGGAAUCUAUUUUCCAGAUUUAUUUUUAGUCUGAAAAACAAACUCCCCCAUGUGGUAUUAAUAUACCUUCAAUUUAUGUUGAAUCUUAAACAUAAUUAGGAGAUUUUUUUUCUAUUUGCUAGAUUUGUUUUGAGUCAAAACUGAUUUAAUGUUCUUCCAAACAACAUUUAUGUGUUGGCCUACAGAGUUUAUUUCAUGUGUUUUAUUUAAUAUUAUGUUACAUCCAUUGCAAUCUGUUCAAAACAGAUUAAGACAAACAUUUAUGAUGGUCUGUAUCAAUCAGCAGAUUUUAUUGCUUUUCAUUAUUUUACUGUAAAGGCAAAGGAUGCAAAAGGUGAUGGUUGGUUGAAAGGAAUUGCUAUUACUGUUUUUAUUUUUUACUUUUUUUGAAACAGUCUCUUCCUGUUGCCCAGGCUGGAGUGCAGUGGCAUGAUCUUGGCUCACUGCAACAUCCAUCUCCUGGGUUCAAGCGAUUCUCCUGCCUCAGCCUCCCAGGUAACUGGGAUUACAGGUGCAAGCCACCACGCCCGGCUAAAAUUCUUUUGUAUUUUUAGUAGAGAUGGAGUUUCCCCAUGUUGGCCAGGCUGGUCUCGAUCUCCUGACCUCAGGUAAUCCGCCAGCCUCGACUUCCCAAAGUUCUGGGAUUACAUGCAUGAGCCACCAUGCCCGGCUGCUAUUUCUCUUUUUAACUACAUUUGAUGCCUUGCUUAUAAUAUCAUAUGCUUGAGGCUCACUGUUGAUGUAGAGUAGGGCAAAUCUGUGUAUGUCAUUUAAAAAAAUUUCCACCAUCUUUUCUUAUCAUCUGAUGUGGGUGCACUCUAGAGUGACUUCAGUCUGCUCAGAACAAAUGUGGAGGCAGGAGGAAACUGAUGCUACCCAUGGUCCCAGUGAAGUUAGCUGGGUUAAUUACUGCCAUUCUUUUCUGAGUAUGUUUUAUGGCAUCCUGCGACAAAGAACUCACAGUCUGAUUAGGAUGAACUUAAUGACUAUUUACACCUCAAAAUAUAUUCAGUAGAGGGUUCACUUAAUUGCCCCCCAUGCUUCACAGGUCGACUAGUAUCCCUCCCUGCCAGUGUUAUUCACUCACAAGCCACCGGGCCUACAGGACAUCUCAAGAUUCAGUGUUGACAAUAUAAUAGCAAAAGCUGGACUAAAGCCCAAAUGGAGUGUCUGUGGCAAUGCAGAGGCUGACAGCAUUAACAGCGGGGUGUUACGGCAUAAUUGUUAAUUCACACAUCUAUUAGGAUCCUUAAAUAUUCAUUACUUAGUGUUAAAUUAACAUUCUGUGUAGAGAGGGGAGGCUUAUUCAAUUCUUCUGACCUCAGAACUGGCAAAAGGUCAGAUGUGACUACAGAACUCUAGGUGAAAAAUCAGGUAGGAUUCAAAUUAAGUAGAACUGCCCUUGCCGGAAUAGUGAUCUUCAAAAAACCCUUGCUUUUAAGGGAGGGAAGCGGGGAAGGAAAGGAAUGAGGGAGGAAAGAUUCCUUUCUAGCAUUCAUUUUGCUUUAGAUCAUUCCAUUGUGAGUUUGGCCAUUUUGGAGUCAAAUGAGCAGACUUCCAAGGAGCUGACCAGUUUGUGACUAGUCUGUUCACUUUUCCAGUUACAGGAUCACAUUAACAGUGUAAAUGAAUUCAUGGGUAGAUCAUUUGUGCAGAUCUAAAUUUAAGGACAUUUCCUUUUUCUGUGGGAAUCACAAGAGUUCAUCCAUUAAAAAAAGAUAUGUAAAAAAGAUACUUUCCAGCACAUAAAUAAAGGCUGGAAUUUUACAACCUGAUGUAUAUAUUAGACAGUUCUAGGAUGUUAGUUCCCUUCAUUCCAGAGCUAUGCUUGUGAUACAGCCCCUUUUCUUAUAAAUUCAGUUAGAAGGCCUUUCUUAACAAUGACUAUUAUAAUGUUUUACUUAAAGUAUGGUUUUAUAUUCUGUCAAUGCAAAUACAAAACAGGUUGAGCCUUAAUAAUCAUGUAACAAAAUAUUUUGUAGAUUAAAUAUUGAUUUUUCAAAAAUUAAAAAUGUAUUUCAAAUGA